CUCCUGUACCUGUAUUUAUAGCCUGGAAUCGUGUCACCAUUUAAGCGUGUUUUCCUGAAAGGAGAGAAGGGACGUGAUAAGAAGGCACAAGAAAAGGUUACAGAACGAAGACCAUUGCAUACAGUUACCCUGGCCUUGCCGGAUCAUAAAGUUGACCCAGAGAUUCUGUUAAAUGAUUACAUUGAAAAGGAAGUAAAGUAUUUAGGGCAACUGACUUCAGUGCCUGGGUACUUGAAUCCAUCCAGUCGAACUGAGAUAUUGCACUUGUUAGAUAAUGCAAGGAGGGCACGUCAGCUUCCAGGACCACUCACAUCAGAACAAGAUGCUGUCAUUAGUGUGUCCGCAUAUAAUGUUAAAUUGGUGUGGCGAGAUGGUGAAGACAUUAUCCUCAGAGUUCCAAUCCAUGACAUUGCAGCAGUCUCUUACAUCAGAGAUGAUUCCCUUCACCUAGUCAUUUUUAAAACUGCCAAUGAAUCCGUGAAUUCAACCAAUCAAAGCACUGAAGGUUCAACUAAAAUACAGAUGUCAGUGUCAGAAAGUGGAGCAGGAACCAUGGAAGCGUGUAGUCUGGUGGUGGUGGUUGUUGAGAAUAAAGCAGCUGCAGAAGAACUCUGUUCUCUUCUUAGUCAAGUCUUCCAAGUUGUUUACACAGAGUCCACAAUAGACUUUUUGGACAGAGCAAUAUUUGAUGGUGCUUCUACCCCAACUAAGCACAUGUCUAUAUACAGUGAUGAUUCGAGUAAAGCAGAUGUUAAAGAGCAGUACGAUGCAGAAAUUAGUAACUUGUCUUAUCAGGGUUCAGAUACAGGAGGAAAUUCACCAUCCUCAACUCUACCAUCGCCUCCGAUCAAAAAUGUUAGUGACAGUGAGCUCAGUACUUCUGCAGCUGAAUUGCUUCAGGAUUACAUGAUGACAGUAAGUUGCUGCUCAUGGUGUCAAAACAAGCAUUUCUUAGUUUCUGAUUACAGCGAAUUAAAAUGAAAAUAUUUGUACUGUUUCUUUCUGAAAGUAUUGUUUUUUCUGGUAGUGGUUUAUAUAAUUGCCUACUAUUUAAGGCCAAUGGAUUUAAAGUAUUCUUGGUUCAUCCUGUAAUAUGUCCAGCAGAAAAGAGAGCUGUGUAUGCUAAAUUCAUGGAUGUUUACAUAAUCCUGAAAACAUGAAGGUGUAGAGACCGGUGACGUGAACCCUUUCAGUUUAAAAGAAUAUUUUCAAACACUUUUUUUUUCAAACCA